AUGAAAUUUCCAGCUGAGAAUCCAAGAAAACAUGUGAACUGGGAGUGCGAGACAGUGGCAAUUCAGACGAACAUGGCCACCCCAAAGAAGCCACAACCUGCUGCUGCGCAGGCCACACUGGUCCAGGCCAGCGUGGCUGCUAUACAGAACCCAGUGGGCUGUGAACUGAAGGGAAACGACCACUGUCCGCUGCCACGGCUGUCUAUCUCCUCCCGCUCAGCCAGUAUAGUUCCCAACAUGGAUGCUGGAGCAGACAGCUCAGCCCUCCACUCUGUCAUGAAGUGGAAGACAGUGCUGGCAGUGUUUGUGGUGGUGGUUGUGUACCUGGUGGUGGGUGGAUUGGCGUUCCAGGCGUUAGAGCAGCCCUUUGAGAGCGACCAAAAGAACACAAUCACCCAGGAGAAGGCCUUGUUUCUCCAGAGGAACCCCUGUGUGACCCACGAGGAGCUUGAAGCCCUAAUUAAGCAUGCAGUAGAUGCAGUCAGUGCUGGCGUGAGUCCAAUUGGGGACACAUUCUAUAACUCCAGCCACUGGGACCUUGGCAGUGCCUUUUUCUUCGUUGGGACAGUCAUUACCACAAUAGGCUAUGGGAACAUUGCACCAAGCACUGAGGGUGGAAAGAUCUUCUGCAUCCUGUAUGCCAUUUUUGGGAUUCCUUUGUUUGGGUUCCUCCUGGCUGGUAUUGGUGAUCAGCUUGGGACCAUAUUUGUUAAGAGCAUUUUAAAGGUGGAGCAAAUUUUCAGGCAGAGACAUAGACAGAUUAGUCAGACCAAAAUCCGUGUCACCUCAACCAUACUCUUCAUCCUGGCGGGGUGCAUUGUCUUUGUCACUAUCCCAGCUUUCAUCUUCCAACACAUUGAAGGCUGGACUGCGCUGGAAGCCAUCUACUUUGUUGUUAUUACUCUCACAACUGUUGGCAUUGGGGAUUAUGUAGCAGGUGGGGACAGGAAGAUUGAAUACAUGAAGUGGUACAAACCACUGGUUUGGUUCUGGAUCUUAGUGGGUCUGGCAUAUUUUGCAGCAGUUUUGAGUAUGAUUGGAGACUGGCUAAGAGUCCUUUCCAAGAAGACUAAAGAGGAGGUUGGGGAGUUUAAAGCCCACGCUGCUGAAUGGAAGGCCAACAUGCGGGCGGAGCUCAAAGAGACGCGACGACGCCUCAGUGUGGAGAUCCAUGACAAGCUCCAGAGGGCGGCCACCAUCCGCAGCAUGGAGCGCAGACGGCUUGGCCUGGAACAGCGAGCACAUUCUCUUGACAUGCUGUCUCCUGAGAAAAGGGCUGUCUUCGCAAGCUUUGAUAGAGGACGCUUCAAGACAUCCUCUCAAGAGAGCAUUGAUAUGAAGCUCAACAAUCUCCGUCUGAAAGGAGAGCAGUACGAUAAGCCACACAGCCAGCAGGCCACCUCAGAGGAGAACAUCUUCAACCGCUUCGGCUCCCUCACUAAGCUGGCCAAGCGGAACAGGACCAGGGAACAAAACAAGAACAUCUCAGAGGACACACUCCGACCCAGAGCCUUCGAGGCCCUCAGCAGCAACAGCAGCAACACCACGCUGGCAGAGGAGAGACACGAGGCUGGAGAAGAGGAGGGUGAAGAGGAGGAGCUGAUGGAGAAAGAACAGAACACCGCCUUCACGUAUCUGCCUCCAUAUGCCAGGCAGCUCAAGCAGCAGAAUGGUUUUGUGCCAGCUCAGGCCAAAGAAAGAGACAAUGACAAAAUGCUGGCAGAGAGAGAAUAUCAGCCAUAGACAAACCUGUUAUGUGAAAAGAAGAGGCAAGUGAUUCAGUAAUGCCACAGAACGUGCCUUUCUGUUUUGUAUGCUAUGGCUUGACUCCAUCAAAUGAAUAUUAGACAACAUGCACUGUUCCCAAACAACAAAUUAUGUUUUGGUUGCCAAAAAUGUGAAGUGGAUUCCUAUCAAAUAUGAAGCAUGUUAUGUUUUUUACGUUGUGAGAAAUAUUUUCUGUUGAGACUCAUGAAGACUAAUGCAGCUAUAUUGUAUGAAUCCGCGCUUCAAAAAGAAGUUGUGAUGGGAGACUAACCAAUAACCUGUGGUUCCUUUGAAAGAAACUGCGGCUGACACCCCAUCACUUUGUGUCCAGGCAAAUCUGGGAUGUGAGUUUACAUAGUACAUAUCACAGACACCAGUACAUGUUGAAUUUAAUCACCGUUUCAAACCUAAUUCAGCUGAAUUAGAACAAAUGGGCAGAUGUUUCUUCAACAACUUUUAUUCAAAAUUCUAAAAAAAUGAAAGUGUGAUAUGCAUGAAACAUGCUGCAUUCAUUUAGUUUAUUAACCAAGAUUUUAACAGUAAACAAGAUUAUAUCACUACUGCUAAUAUUCAUUAUCCUAAACUGGCUGAAUAACUGUGAAAAGAAUGUACAAGAAGUACAUCAUUGCUAGGAACUGUCCACACCAACCUGUCUGACUCGAACUUAUGUUAUCUGUCAUUUGAUGCAUCAUUCACUCAUUUUGUUUUGAUCAUAAAAUAAAAUGUGACAUCUUAGAAAAACACAUAUCAUAUCAUGCACAAUCAGAAUUGAUAUUGUUUUGUAAGUGUUUUUGGUCAUUUUCGAAAGGUUUGCCAGUUAAGUUGCUGCCAAUUUCCAUUCAAUUACUGCCAUUUUCCUGGGUAGUAUUGGUCUUUCACCUAUUGCACGUUAGUCUUGGAGGAUGAAAGCCAAUAUGUACCUCCUUCUGUGUGUAUGAAGCCUAAAACUGUGGCCUUUCCAGCCACUGCCCCAACAGUGUUGUUGAGAGUCCUAAUGUGCUAGAAAACCUAGUACUUACCUGGAACACCUGACCAGACUGAUGCCUGAGUGGCCUUCUGAAGUGAGUAAAGACAGCUGCACCCUUGGUCACACCCCAAAAGGACAAACACCUGGCAACCAUAGCUUAAGGGUUCACUUCUACAGGGCUAGUUAGAGCUGUUACUGAGUGUCCCCUUAGAGAAAUUUACAGUCAAUCAUUUAAUCACUUUUUCAGACAUAUUGACAAGGUGUGAACCAUAACACUUAAAUAUCUGAGAUCAUGUUCUGGUGUUACAUACAGACAACAUUUGACUGCUUUCUGUGCUUUGAGAAUAUUUUUUUCCAGCAUCAGUGUUUUUAUCACCCAAUUAGCUGAAUCCUGGCUGUUGGUCACAAUCAAAGAAAUCUAAUAAAAGAAUGAAGUGGAUAAUGUGCAUUCUCUUGUAUAAAAUGUAUGCAUUCCCAAGCAGUGAGAAAUGGGCACACUGGUUUUGUUUUUCAGUUCUGAAGUGGCUUAUGUCAGUAGUGGCAACCUUUUCUCACAUAUUAGUUUAAAUGCCUUAUGUGAAUAUUCAAAUAUCACAACAAAUAAUUUUUAUUAAUUUUGAGACUUCUUGGGCAAAUGCUACAUAAAAUGUAGAAAAUAAAUGCUUAAUGACUGGUGACAUCACUCAUGUUGUUCUUAGGUUUUGAUUAUUAACCUUUUUUUCUUGCAGAGCAUCUUUAAAUUUUUGGUUUGGUUAUAUUUCUUUACAGUCAUAUGUAAAAGUUUGGACA